ACAUGCGAUCGUUCAGUGCGCGUCUCGUUGAGCGCGAAUGUGCAGCGUUUCAGCACAAAUGCGCAGAGCAAUCGGACUUUUUGCAGCGUAGUUUUCGGUCGCACUAACUCGAUCAAAAUCGUAGCAAUCGUGCGUUAACGAUCGUUCAAGGCCGAUUCUCCCUUUCGUCGCGUAAAAGUUUGUUGCUUGGAUUAAUUUUUUUUUUUAUUGGUUUGAUACUAAAAAGUGGUGUUGAUAAAUCAUGGCAGCAAUCGUGUCGAAAGACAUUCCUGACAUCGAGAAUCUGCUCGGUCUGAAUCCAAGAUCGAAGAUUCAUGCGAAUCUGGUGCCGACGAUACAGACGAAAAAGAACAAGCAGCACUGGAAGCGCAACAUCCAUUCGAAAUGCGACAGCUGCGUGCCGCUGAAGAAGAACUUCGACGACGUGAAGCACACGACGCUGAGCGAGCGGGGCGCCCUGCUGGAGGCCGGACGCUGCCUCAAGUGCGCCGACGCGCCCUGCCAAAAGUCCUGCCCGACCCAGCUCGACAUCAAGUCCUUCAUCACGUCGAUCGCCAACAAGAACUAUUACGGCGCCGCCAAGGCCAUACUGUCGGACAAUCCCCUGGGUCUGACCUGCGGCAUGGUCUGCCCGACCAGCGAUCUGUGCGUGGGCGGCUGCAAUCUCUACGCCACCGAGGAGGGACCGAUCAACAUCGGCGGCCUGCAGCAGUUCGCUACCGAUAUCUUCAAGCGAAUGAACAUUCCGCAAAAGCGAGCUCCCGGCCAGUGGGUGCCGCACGACGACACCAAGAUCGCGCUGAUCGGCUGCGGGCCGGCCUCGCUGUCGUGCGCCACCUUCUUGGCGCGCCUCGGCUACAACGACCUGACCAUCUUCGAGAGGGAGCGCUACGUCGGCGGCCUCAGCGCCGCCGAGAUACCCCAGUACCGAUUGCCCUACGACGCCGUGAGCUUUGAGGUCGAUCUGGUCAAGGAUCUCGGUGUCAAGAUCGAGUACGGCAGGCAGCUGUCGGAAAAUGACAUCACUAUCAGAAAAUUGAAAGACUCCGGCUACAAGGUCGUGUUUCUGGGAAUCGGCCUGCCCGAGCCCAAAUCCUUACCGAUCUUCGACGGCCUGAGCCCGGAAAUGGGCUACUACACGUCCAAGAACUUCCUGCCGGCCGUGUCGAAGAGCAGCAAGCCCGGCAUGUGCGCUUGCAAGGCGAGCAGCGGCAGCAGCGGCCUGCCGGAGCUCUACGGCAACGUCGUCGUGCUGGGCGCCGGCGACACGGCCUUCGACUGCGCCACCUCGGCCCUCAGAUGCGGCGCCAGCAAAGUCUUCGUCGUCUUUCGACGCGGCUUCACCAACGUCCGCGCCGUACCCGAGGAGAUGGACCUGGCGAAAGAUGAAAAGUGCGAAUUCAUUCCGUUUGCGUCGCCCAAGAAGGUCAUCGUGAAAGGAUCCAAGAUCGUUGCCAUCGAGUUUUACAGGACUGAACAAAACGAGAGCGGAGAUUGGGUCGAGGACGAGGAUCAAUUGAUCAGAUUGAAAGUCAGCUUUGUCAUUUCAGCGUUUGGUUCCGGCCUUUAUAACUCGGAUGUAAUCAAGGCCUUAGAGCCUGUAAAAUUGAACAAGUGGAAUACACCCAUCGUGGAUACCAACACUAUGAUGACGACCGAAUCCGGCGUUUUUUGCGGCGGCGAUCUUGCCGGCGUAGCUCAGACUACGGUCGAAUCGGUGAACGAUGGCAAAACUGCUUCCUGGUUCAUUCACAAAUACAUCCAGGAAUCUCAUGGCCUCACCGUGCCCGAGAAGCCGCAACUGCCGCAGUUCUAUACUCCCAUCGACGACGUCGACGUCAGCGUCGAGAUGCUCGGUAUCAAGUUCGAGAAUCCGUUCGGUCUGGCCUCGGCUCCACCGGCCACCUCGUGCGCGAUGAUUCGCCGUUCCUUCGAGGCUGGAUGGGGUUUCGCCGUCACCAAGACGUUUUGCCUCGAUAAAGACAUGGUGACCAACGUAUCGCCCAGAAUAGUGAAAGGAACAUCGGACGGUUAUCAUUACGGCCCGGGACAAACGAGUUUUCUAAAUAUCGAACUCGUCUCCGAAAAAUUGGCAGCUUAUUGGUGCCAAGGUAUCAGAGAGUUGAAGAGAGAUUUCCCAACAAAGGUCGUGAUUGGCAGCAUCAUGUGCACAUACAACAAAGACGAUUGGACCGAAUUAGCCAAAAUGGCUCAAGAAGCGGGAUCCGAUGCUCUCGAGCUCAAUCUGUCAUGCCCGCACGGUAUGGGAGAAAAAGGCAUGGGUCUGGCUUGUGGACAGGAUCCCGAGCUAGUGAGAAAUAUUUCUCAAUGGGUCAGAGAGGCGAUCACCAUUCCGUUCUUCGUCAAAUUGACGCCUAACAUAACGGACGUUGUUCAACUCGCCAAAGCCGCCUACGAAGGUAAAGCCGACGGUGUAUCGGCGAUCAAUACGGUGCAAGGUCUCAUGGGCCUUAAGGCCGACGGGACACCCUGGCCCGCAGUCGGUGCGGCCAAAGCCACGACCUACGGUGGAAUCUCAGGCAACGCCACGAGGCCGAUGGCUCUGCGAGCCAUAUCCAAGGUGGCGCAGGCCUUGCCUGGUUUUCCGAUCAUGGGUAUCGGCGGUAUCGAUUCCGGCGAAGUCGCGCUGCAAUUUAUCCAGUGCGGUGCCACUGUGUUGCAAGUUGGAAGUGCCAUACAAAAUCAAGAUUUCACCCUCAUCAAUGAUUACAUUACGAGUUUGAAAACUCUGUUGUACUUGAAAGGUGUAGAACAUUUGAAAGAUUGGGAUGGUCAGAGUCCGCCAACGUCGAAACAUCAGAAAGGAAAGCCAGUUUCACUCCAACAUGCUCUAGGAAAGAACGUGCCGCACUUCGGAGAAUACUUGAAACUACGCGAAAAAGUAGCAGCUGAGAUCAAAGAAAAAUCGAAUCUGCUCGAGGGUGAUCUACCACUGACCAGACCCGCACCGAAACCCGCGAAACCAAUUCCAAGGAUCAACGACGUGGUCGGGGCAGCCUUGUCAAACAUCAAACCAUACGUCAAAUUGGAUAACAGCAAGCAAGUCGUGGCGUUGAUCGACGAUGACAUGUGCAUCAAUUGCGGAAAAUGUUACAUGGCAUGCGCCGACUCAGGCUAUCAAGCUAUCAAGUUCGACGCAGCGACUCACAUACCCAAAGUCACGGAUGAUUGUACCGGAUGCACGCUCUGUUUAUCGGUUUGCCCUAUCAUCGACUGCAUAACGAUGGUGCCAAAACAGAUACCUCACGUUAUUAAAAGGGGAGUAGCUAAGGAAAUAAAGAAUGGAAAAGCGCCACAGUUGAUAACUUGCGAAUUGAAUCAUUGAGACAGUUAAUUAUGUUUGUUUACUUUGUAGCGAGCUUAAAGCGUAUCUUUAAAUUUCUUAUAAGGAAUUUAUUUUAUAAAUGAAAAAUUGUCCAUUAAUAAUUAAGUAGUAAAUUACUUUUCUUCUGAUAAGUUAAAUAUUAUUUCCAAAAACAUUUUUUAUUAUUAAAUAAAUAUUUUUACAUCAGAUCUUACGGUGUAAUUAGUUAUACUGUAUUAAAAUAAGUAAAUUAACAAUUGCCUUAA